CUCGGCUUUUGGUACACAUUUGAAAUCAAACUAGCUCAUCUCUUUUUAUGCGGUGACAAACUGACACAGAGACGCACUGAGAACAGACGCAGAGAGUGAGAGAGUGAGAGAGAGAGGGAGAUGGAAAAGGCUAGCUCCGAAGCGGUGGCUGUCGUCUCAUCCCUCUUCAUCUACCCCAUCAAAUCAUGCCGGGGGAUUUCUGUUCCUCAAGCAUCCCUUAGUUCUACUGGAUUCCGAUGGGAUAGAGAAUGGGUAGUCAUAAAUUCCAAAGGGAGGGCAUGUACUCAAAGAGUUGAUCCAAAGCUCGCUCUAGUUGAGGUAGAGUUGCCAAAGGAGGCUUUUCUAGAGGGUUGGGAACCAACGAGAAGCUCCUAUUUAGUGCUAAGGGCCCCUGGGAUGGAUGUGCUAAAGGUUCCUUUAAGUAAAUCAGGCCCAGUUGUUGAUGGUGUCACUGUGUGGGAGUGGUCUGGUUCAGUAUUUGAUGAGGGAGAAGAAGCAGCGAAUUGGUUCUCAAAUUUUUUAGGGAAACCUACUCGACUAGUGCGUUUUAAUGCAGCAUCAGAAACUAGGGCCGUUGAUCCUCAGUAUGCUAAUGGAUUCAAAACUACUUUUACUGAUGGGUAUCCAUUCUUGAUGAUAUCCCAGGGUUCAAUGGAUGCACUGAAUGAGCUUCUCAAGGAGCCAAUGCCAAUCAACCGUUUUAGACCCAACAUCCUUGUUGAUGGUUGUCAGCCAUUUUCUGAGGACUUGUGGAAGGAUAUGAAGAUAAACAAGUUAACAUUUCACGGUGUCAAGCUAUGUGAUCGUUGCAAGAUACCCACAAUUAAUCAAGAAAAUGGGAUUACUGAGUCUGAGCCAAAUAGAACUCUCAUGAGCUUCCGGUCAGAUGAAGUCUUGCGACCAACUCAGAAAAAACGGGGAAGGAUAUACUUUGGACAGAAUUUGGUUUGCCCUGAAGCCCUGACCCAAGCAAAGGGAAGGAUUGUUAAGGUCGGGGAUCCUGUCCGCGUCCUUAAGAUGGUCUCCUCUCCUGCUGAAGCUGCUGCCGCCUGAACCAACUCCUCAUCAUAUUAUGAAUACUGGUAGUGUAGUGUGUGGCUUCUUAAAUUUGUACUGCAGGGGUGUGCAAGGUGUUAGUGAUAAUAACUCAAUGAUAGCAACGAGGGUUUAGCUUGCUCUGAUACCAUGAUAGAGAGAGAGAGAGCAAAAGAUUGGGAAAAGAAAAAGCCUUCAUUGAAUCAUUAGAGUUCUACAAGAGAUAAAGGUGGCUCAUGUAGUCUCCAAGAAUAAAAGGAAAAAAAGACUAUUCUAUCCUGAUAUAAUGUAAAUAAUCAUUAUCACUGGCACAAUGAGUGGAUCAUACUGUUGAGUAUGGUUCAAGUUCAACUUGUGCAUAGAACAAGUUCUCUCUGGUUUCUACCCAAAUAAGUAAAUAAAUAUAGACAACUGUUUGCUGGUUUC